CCUUUUUUUAAAUCUUACUCUUACUUUAGGAGAGAUGGUGUGUGCUGCAGGCUGCUAUAAGUGGAUCCUCUGAGAUAUCAAGCUUGAGUGCCUCACAAAAAUGAAUGCUCUGACAGUCGGGUGGUUUGUAAUUCUGGCCCUAAUAAAAAAUUUUUCUUGUACCCAACCAUACUUCACAACAGAGGUUACUCCCGUGACUGGUAAAGAGGGGUCCUGUGCUGAAAUUCAAUGCAAUGUCUCUAAGGAAAUUGAGACUGAUGGAGCAUACUGGUUUUGGAUAAAGAAUUCAACUUGGUCAGAAAAAGAUGGAUGGUUGGGCACUGUCAUUUACAGCACAAAUGACGCAGAACGUCCUGUCAAUUCAGACUUUAAAGGCAGAGUGGAAUAUAUCGGCUCUCCACCUUCAAGUUGGAAGGAUUAUAGUCCAAACUCACCAAAGUCCUGCAAUAUUUUAAUCUGUAACCUGAGCAAAACUGACAAUGGAAAUUAUUCUUUCAGAUAUGAAGGAAAAGAUAGGGAUAAAUGGAAAACUGAGCCAUCAGUGAUCCUCACUGUUAAAGAAAAUCCAUGCCCACUCACUUUCGAGAAACCACCCAUUCUAAAUGAGUCGGAGAUUAUAACGCUCACAUGCUCUACUUCAAGUUCGUGUCCUUCAAACCCAGAAAUUGAAGGUUUGACACAGCUGACGCCAACUCCGACCUCAAAGCCUCAGCAAAUAGAGGAAAAGCAGAAAAGCACCACAGUCAGUUUUCCAGUCGACUGGCAGGAUGAUGGGAAGACGUUUUCAUGCAAAACACUAGAUGACGAAUAUUUGAUUCAAAAUAUCAGUAUAACUGUCGAAUAUGGUCCCAGAGAAACACAGGCUAAAAAAAGCCUUGAUACUGUUGUUGAAAAUCAACCUGUGACACUCACUUGCUCUGCAAAAGGACGUCCUGACCCCACCUUCAUCUGGUUUAAAAAUGAACACAAGGAAUUUACAGGGGCAGUAUGGACGAUCUCAUCAAUUAAGGAGUCACAGAGUGGAGAAUACCAUUGUGAGGCUAAAAACACACAUGGCAAAGAAAAAUCAAACCCAGUUAAUAUAACUGUUGAAUAUCUGCCUGAGGUUGAGGUGAUUCCAGCUCCUUCUCUAGUUAAACAAGGAGAUAAAAUGACUUUGACAUGUAAGGUGAAAAGAAGCAACCCAAAACCUACAACCUAUAGGUGGUUUCUGAAUGAGACAAUUAUUAAUCAAAAGAAGACUCAACAUUAUGUUGUUGGAACAAUCAGGCCUGAGGACAGAGGCCUCUACACAUGUCAAGCCACUAACACCGUCGGUGCUGGAAAAAUAUCCAAACCUGGUCUUAUUGACGUUCAAUAUGGCCCGAGGAAGACGAACAUAUCCAUGGGUAAAGAGGAUAAAAGAGUGAGAGUUGGUGAAUCUUUAACAUUCACCUGUAACACUGAUGCCAAUCCUGCCGCUGAGACGUACUCCUGGUACCGAUUCAACACAAAUAAACAGACUGACUCCUUACAGUGGAAGUCCAAGACAACUUAUGGCAGUACUCUGUAUUUGGGCAAUGUACAAAGAGCUGAUGAAGCAUAUUACAUGUGCAACGCAACCAACCACAUCAGUACAGGGAAGAAUAGUGAGCAAGUGUAUAUACAAGUACUCUAUCCUCCCACCAUACCCAACCUGUCUAUGGACACUGAGGUCAAGGAAGGUCAGCUCAUCACCAUCACCUGCACUGUGGAGAGCUUCCCACUGUCAGAGCUCACCCUGACAAGGACUUCCUCAUCAAAUCCUCAGCGUCCACAAGUGUUUGUCACUCAACCUGAUCAUUUGCACCCCAACACUCUCAAUCACACAUUUAAUGUUACUUCAACCCACACAGGCUCUUACGUCUGCGAAGCUAAGAGCAGUGAAGGUUCAAAGAAGAGCGAACCACGGAAGUUGGUGGUGAAAUAUCAUCCCAAAAACGUGACCAUACAAGCUACGCCCGACUUUGUUGUGGAAGAAAACAGGACGUUGACGCUGCAGUGCAGUGCCCAUUCUCACCCACAAGUGACCUCCAUCACCUGGAUGAAGAUGGUCGAUGGAAAGAGUAAAGUCAUUCGGAAGACGCUCGCUCGUUCCUUUGACUUAAAGUCUGUCAGUCCCUCUGACAGCGGGUGGUACAGCUGUGCAGCCAGUAAUGAGAUUGGAACUGGAAACUCACAGCAAUCUGAAGUUAAAGUCAAAUAUCCUCCAAAACACACAAAGAUCACAAGAGCAGCAGAGCAGCAUAACAGUGACGGAAUGAGCUCUGUGACACUGAGCUGCAGCAGUGACAGCUAUCCCGAGAUCAAACAGUACUUUUGGUACAAGAUAAACAAGAACAAAAAGGAUGAAAAGGUCUCUGAACGUCAGAAUUUCACAGUGUAUUCAGAUCAACCAGGAAGCUACUACUGCAUCGCCAAAAAUGAAGUCUAUGAAAGAUUGUCCAGCCCGGUCCACAUGUUUGACCGAAGCCUUUUGAAGGCCGUGCUCAUCUUCAUUGUUCUUCUUAUUCUGCUCAUCUUUGUGAUUGUCUUUUUCUACAGACACAGGAGGCGGAAAUCAAUUCAGCAAAGAGCUAAGAACACACCGCCCUGUUUUGGUUUGCUGGGUUUUGGGAAUGGCGCCAAGAGGAGGAAUCGGAUGAACCAUCCCGGCACGGCAGAGCCUUUCAGGAGCAGAGAUGACCUCUUGCCAGACCAGCCACGAUGCCAGCCUCCUCCAGACAGCACGCCUGCGUCUAACAUCAACACUGUUUACUGUACUGUGAAUCUGCCUCCCGGAAAACAAGGUCCUUCUGCACCAAAGGCAGUCAGACAGCAAGGUGGACAAACACAGGAGGAUUCUCUCAACUACGCAUCAUUACACUUUGGAAAUGAGCAAAAGAACAAACAGGCAAAAGCAGCAGAGGAUGUGUAUGCCAUGGUAUCAAAGCACAAGCCACCUAAAAAGAUUAAAGAGAAGCUGGAGGACUACGAGAACGUCCACGCAGCACGCACAGCCAAAGCUCCAGAUCCACUGGCUUAUGACACAGACACCAGUGAGGAUGAAGUAGAGCUCAAUUACUCACAGGUGAACUUCACGGCAAAGCCUGGACAUCAGAGAGCCAGACGAGACUCGAGCAGCUCUGAUGAAGACAAGACGCAGUACUCUGAGGUCAAACUCUGAGUUUACAUACUCUUACUUUACAAGUACAGCCAAUUUCUU